GUGAUGGUGGACCUGUGCAACAGCACCAAGGGCAUCUGCCUGACAGGACCACCCGGCCCACCAGGACCUCCAGGAGUUGGUGGGUUACCAGGACACAAUGGAUCAGAUGGACAACCUGGUCCCCAGGGCCCAAAAGGCGAAAAAGGAGCAAAUGGAAAAAGAGGGAAAAUGGGGCUACCUGGAGCCACAGGAAAUCCAGGGGAAAAGGGAGAAAAGGGAGACCACGGCGAACUGGGCUCACCGGGGAACGAGGGCCCUCCGGGGCAGAAGGGGGAAAAGGGAGACAAAGGAGAUGUGUCCAACGACGUGCUGCUGGCAGGUGCCAAAGGUGACCAGGGCCCACCUGGCCCACCUGGGCCCCCAGGCCCCCCAGGUCCUCCAGGGCCCCCUGGAGGCAGAAGAGCCAAAGGCCCUCGGCAGCCGAACAUGUUCAACGGCCAAUGCUCAGGCGAGACAUGUGCCAUACCAAAUGAUGACACCUUGGCUGGAAAAGCUGAUGAGAAAGUCAGUGAGCACCGUUCCCCACAAGCAGAAUCCAUGAUCACUUCCAUUGGAAACCCAACGCAAGUAUUAAAAGUUACGGAGACAUUUGGGACUUGGAUAAGAGAAUCUGCUAACAAGAGUGAUGACCGUAUUUGGGUGACUGAACAUUUUUCAGGCAUCAUGGUGAAGGAAUUCAAAGACCAGCCCUCGCUGCUGAAUGGCAAUUACACGUUCAUCCACCUCCCGUAUUAUUUCCAUGGCUGUGGGCAUGCCGUUUACAACAACUCUCUCUACUACCACAAAGGGGGUUCCAACACCAUCGUGAGGUUUGAAUUUGGCAAAGAAACAUCCCAAACUCUGAAGCUUGAAAAUGCCUUGUAUUUUGACCGAAAAUACCUUUUUGCAAAUUCCAAGACUUACUUCAAUCUAGCUGUAGAUGAAAAGGGCCUUUGGAUUAUCUAUGCUUCAAGUGUGGAUGGCUCGAGCAUUCUUGUGGCACAACUGGAUGAGCAGACAUUCUCUGUGGUGCAACACAUCAAUACCACGUACCCCAAAUCCAAGGCCGGCAACGCCUUCAUUGCCCGAGGAAUCCUCUAUGUGACAGAUACCAAAGAUAUGAGGAUAACGUUUGCCUUUGAUUUGUUAGGAGGGAAACAGAUCAAUGCAAACUUUGAUUUAAGAACUUCCCAGUCUGUUCUUGCCAUGUUAUCGUACAACAUGAGAGAUCAGCAUUUAUAUUCAUGGGAAGAUGGCCAUUUAAUGCUUUAUCCCAUGCAGUUUUUGUCAACAACAUUAAAUCAGUGAUGUGUGGCAUUUUGUUCCCCUCAGUAAAUUUUGAAUGUUUUCUGGGGGCCAUUUCUAUUCCAACAGAAAACUUGUCUUUAAGGGUAGCCAGGUACGUAGAACAUAAUCUCCUGAUAUAAGUGUUUAUAUGGCCAGUGAGCCCCUUUAAAAUCCGACUGCUUAGUGAAAUAGCAAUGGAUUGGACAUUGACAUGGCUGAUAAUUGGUGAUUCCUCCACAAACCAGCUGGGCAAGUUACCUUUUUCUCCUUGGGCCCUGGUUUCCCCACUGGUAAU